AUGGCCUCCUUCUCAUAUGUGUUCAAAUCGGAGUCACUGAGCAACCAGAUUUCUCGAUGGACUAUUCACCAGCAAGAACUCUGUCCUCUUUUUGCCGUAUUGCCUGCGGAGAUUCGCCUUCAGAUAUUCUCCAUUGUUCUCACAGAAGAGCAAGUCCUGGUCAGAUCCGAUGAAGACCCGUCGCAAAGCCUCCCCGAACCCAACUGGCUGCUGCGCAAGCUCCCCGACGAUACAAGAGAACCCGAGAGGGAGGGUUCUGAUCUGGAGGAGCUCGGUGUAAACUACCCCAACUGGGGCCUUGGCCUCGGAAUGUCACAAAAGAUUCCUGGAGGCGACUGGCUUCGCCCAGGCAUGUCAGGUCGGACGGUUCAACACACUUCCUUGCUGCGGACGUGUCGUCGGAUAUUCACCGAAACACGGAAUAUGCUCAUGGAGAAUGCUACCAUACGUCUAUUUGGAGGAGAUUAUGAUGUGCCGCCCAACUCCCAUCUCGGUUAUAAAAUGGACAUGUACACCAUGUCGCGCUACACUGCAAACCGUCUCACGUCCUUCCAUCUAAAUGUCCCGGUCCAUUUCCUCGAACAUGGUUUCCUCUUCACCCGCGCUCUCGACAUGUGUCCGGCCCAAGACAUUCGAUUGACCAUCCGCCAGGGUGACUGGUGGAAGACCGACACUUCGCCUCCACAGCUCACUCCCUAUGGGACGGGCUGUGUCAACCGAUUCCAGCCCAACCAAAUGCAAGAGCACAUGAAUCUCACUAAAGACCACGGCCUGGCUAAUAAACGGCCUCCAAUCCCACCCAUUCCCUUUGAGAGUGGUCCGAGGAGCCCUCGUGGUGCCUGGGGAGCGGCGCUCUCGCGGUUUCCAAGGCUACGGCGCUUCACCGUCGACUUUGAGUACAACGAGGAUAGAUUCGACUCGCUCCUGGAGCUUGCAGAAUGGGCACAUCGGGUCUGGCGCUUCCGCCUCGGUGGCCAUAUGGAGGGCUACUACCUAAGCGCAGCUGGGAUCCCCAUCAAGAAGACGAGUUGGCGCGGCCUGGCUCAUCACUGGACAACUGCCCACUUCAUUCACAGACAUCAAGUGCACCACGACAACCCGCCCAAUGCUACAUGCUGUGAAUUUCGCAACAAGCUCAUGGAUCAAAACAUUGGGCCAAGGAUGUACACCUUCACGGUGACGUGGACGGCCCGUAAGCUGGAACCCGAAGAUGGCGACGAUCCCAGCAUUCUCGGCCCGGAAGCUUUGCCCGACCAGUGGAAUGAGUUGUCAAUCGAUGGCCGAGCGGAGGAGCUCUCGUCGGACGAUUGGCUUUCUGGCGAUGUGCCAACCUAUGAGCUCCUGCACCCAGCCUGUUCGCCGGGUUUCGAUACUUGGUUGUGA